AUGAUGAAAGGCUAUUUGGCACCAUACAAGGGAAUAGCAUACCAUCUUCAAGACUUUCGAAGGAGAGGUGGAAGCCCUAGAACUAGACAUGAAAAUUUUAAUCAUGCUCACUCAUCUCUUCGAUGUACGAUUAAGCGCACUUUUGGUGUGUGGAAGAAUAAAUUGAGAAUUAUCAAAAACAUGCCAUCUUUUCCAUUCCAUAUCCAAAUACUUAUUGUAUUUGCUACUAUGGCUCUUCAUAAUUUUGUUAGACUAAAUGAUAGGGAUGAUAAGGGCUUCAUAAACGCCAAUCGAGAUUCAAUUUCUAGAAGAGAACAUAAUGGUGAAGCAAAUAGCAGUUAUGAGCAGAACUCAGGAUCUUUAACAGACCCUGCAAUGGUGGUUCUUCGUGAUUCCAUUGCUAAUUCCAUUUGGGGGGAUAAUAAUUAG